GAGGGACGGGGAGAUGAGAUGUUUGCUCCCUGCCUCAGCAUUCUGACAAUGCCUUCAAAUAUCUUACUUUUGAUCAGUUUAUUUCAGGGCUGAGAAACACACACAGGCACACACAGGAGCUAUGGACAUAGCUGGGAGGUCUGACAAUUAGACAGCAACCUGCCCAGAUAUCCUCACUACACCCCCAUCUUCGUGAGCUCAGGGGGCUCUCAUUCCUGGUUUGGGGACUGUGGUCAUUUCAUCGUGACGGGUCAAUGGAGAAAGUCCAAGAAGAGAACAACAUGGAGAGGUGGGAUAGGCUGGAGGAGAUUACGGAGAGCGAAAGAGACAUAAUCAAGGAGACCUGGGCACGCGUGUAUGCCAACUGUGAAGACGUUGGUGUCUCUAUACUGAUCAGGUUCUUCGUCAACUUCCCCUCUGCCAAGCAGCAUUUCAGCCAAUUCAAGCAUAUGGAAGACCCCCUGGAGAUGGAGGGCAGUGUGCAAUUACGCAAGCAUGGCCGGCGCGUGAUGGGGGCAGUCAACAGCAUUGUGGAGAACAUUGGUGAUCCAGACAAAGUGACUACCGUCAUAUCAAUUGUGGGGAAAAGCCAUGCGCUGAAACACAAUGUGGAUCCUGUGUAUUUCAAGAUCCUGACUGGGGUGAUGCUGGAGGUCAUUGCAGAAGAGUAUGCCAAAGAAUUCACCCCAGAGGUACAGCUAGCUUGGAACAAACUACGGAACAACUUAUACACUCAGAUACAGGCAACAUACAAGGAGGUGGGCUGGACACAAUAUCCUAGUAACUCUGUGUGAGCACACUAAUCCCCCAGAGAUGCCCCAGCCAAGGACUUCACACCCUGACUGUCUCAGAUCACCCAGACCUGGGGCAGUUGGGGUACACAGGUGGGAAGGGGUGGGUGGGCAAUGGGUGGGAGGGCAUUUAACCCCUUUGCUGCAUGAUUGGACUGUAGCACAUUGGGGCAGCAUAGGGGGUUUGGUGUGGAAUUGUUGCUAAAACCAGUGCUGGGUGGGUCUUUUCAAAAUGGUAGAUAAGCGUGGUGGAUUUGGCAUAGCCGAACAAAUACUUAGCCAAAACACAAUGGAAUGGAGACUGUGGGUGGGAUGUAAAGGAUUGAAGACAGUGGCUGUGAUGCCAAAACAUUUUGCAACCUCAGCCAUGUACUGAUUUUAGAACAUUUAUAUUGGGAGGAAAUAUCUAUCAUGUUAAGUCAAGUACUUUUCAAACCGAUCCUGCCAAGCUCUUUUCUGUCCCACAUGAUAACAUGAUACUUUACAGAAUCCAAAUCCUAGCCCUUAAAAAUUAAGUUAAUAAUCAUUCCAAUAUGGACACAAUCCCACCCAACAAUCCCACACUCUUGUACUUGGCAUGCAGGAAAACAUGGGGGUCAUAUCCCAGUCAAGCUAGCUCAUGACUUGUCUGGCAACACCUCAAUAAAGGAAAGCAAUUGUCAUACUGGUAUAGAAAAGGUUUAAUUCACACUGUUCUGCCAUCUUGUUUCGUCCCAUGCCAGUAGGGGAUUUUAGCGGGACCAAAUUUAGAGGCUAUCAAACAAGAAAGGCACUUCUAAGGGAGAGAGGAGAAAAGUGAUUUAUUACAAGAGAGGGUUGGACAUGAGUUUUCUGUGUCAAAUUAAUGUCAUAUCUGUUAGCUGGAAUAUACGCUAAAAACAAAUCUUUGCCCUCUUGCAAUAAAAUGACGAAUAUGAAGCAACAAUACUGGAUGAAGGGCUCAUUAAGAGUACAAGAUUGGCACAUUUACAUAUCGUGGGUGGUAGGAAUGGAAUUAAGUUGCGGGUGGGCGAGAGGAUUUUGGAAUAGACCCAGCUGUAUACACCCCUGGGCUGUGAGAUGUUGUGUCAUAAUUCUGUCUGUCCUUAUAAUGUUCUGUUUUACUGUGAUCUAUAAAUAAAGGAAUACUAUUGGA